GACAGGGCCCCGAGCGUCGCGUCCGCACCUCUGGCCCUGGAGCGCUCGCGGAGGCACUGAGUCAACAAACCAACGAGAAACGAAGGCCUCCCGUUUUCCUAGAGGGAACAAGUGGGCGUUGGGGGGCACCGAGGUAGUUGGCGAAAAGGGCCGACCCGGAAACGAAACUGGGGUAACUUCCGUUCUUUGUUCUGUCCCCGGUGUGUGGGUCCGUGACAGGGUCCAGCGGGGCCUGGUCUGUGUCCGGCCCCCCAAAUCUCCCGUCCCUGCCCCCAGGCCACAUAGCACUGACAUCAACUAAAGUCGGAAUUCCCAGGAACUUGCCACAUUCCCAGUGAUUGGUCAUUUUGGCCUUCCGGGGACCAACUCCACAGAAGGAAGGAAAGAACCCAGCAGUGCUUCCUCAUUCUCAUUGAAAACCUGCUUCCUGCUGAGUCUGCAGAGAGGAGGCCGAGCCCUACCCAUGGAAACUCAGGCUGAUCGUGUGUCUCAGGAACCACAGGCCCUGCUUGAGAGUGCGCUUCCUUCUUCAAAAGUUCCUGCGUUUUCCGACAAGGACAGCCUUGGGGACGAGAUGCUGGCAGCUGCACUCCUAAAGGCCAAGUCCCAGGAGUUGGUGACGUUUGAGGAUGUGGCUGUGUACUUCAUCCGGAAGGAGUGGAAGCGUUUGGAACCUGCGCAGAGGAACCUCUACAGGGAUGUGAUGUUGGAGAACUAUGGGAAUGUGUUCUCACUGGAUGGUGAGACGAGAACUGAGGAUGAUCAAGACAUUUCUCAAGAUAGAGGAUCCCAUGGGGUGCUGUUGGGAAGAUUCCAGAAGGACAUUUCUCAGGGUCUUAAGUUUGAAGAAGCCUAUGAGCAAGAAGUCAGUCUAAAGAAGCAGCUCGGACACUCCUCUGGUGAAAGACUGAGUAGAAAAAUGCAAGAUUUUGGUCAAGUGACAGUUGAGGAGAAGUUCACCCCCAUGGAAGCGAGAACUGAGAAGUAUAACCAGUUUGGCAACAGCUUCACUGUGAGUUCCAACCUUGUUUCACAUCAGAGACUUCCUGUGGGAGACAGACCUCAUAAGUGUGAUGAAUGCAGCAAGAGCUUUAAUCGAACUUCAGACCUCAUUCAGCAUCAGCGAAUCCACACUGGGGAGAAGCCCUAUGAAUGUAGUGAGUGUGGGAAGGCCUUCAGCCAGAGCUCCCAUCUUAUUCAGCAUCAGAGGAUCCACACUGGGGAGAAGCCCUACGAAUGCAGCGACUGUGGGAAGACCUUCAGUUGUAGCUCUGCCCUCAUUCUGCAUCGGCGGAUCCACACUGGGGAGAAGCCUUACGAAUGUAACGAGUGUGGGAAGACCUUCAGCUGGAGCUCCACCCUCACUCACCACCAGAGAAUCCACACUGGCGAGAAGCCCUAUGCUUGCAAUGAAUGUGGCAAGGCUUUCAGUCGGAGCUCCACCCUCAUUCAUCAUCAGCGAAUCCACACUGGAGAGAAGCCCUACGAAUGCAAUGAGUGUGGGAAGGCCUUCAGCCAGAGCUCUCACCUCUAUCAGCACCAGAGAAUCCACACUGGAGAGAAACCCUACGAAUGUAUGGAAUGUGGAGGGAAGUUUACUUACAGUUCAGGCCUUAUUCAGCAUCAAAGAAUCCACACCGGGGAGAAUCCCUAUGAAUGUAGUGAGUGUGGGAAAGCCUUCAGGUAUAGCUCAGCUCUUGUUCGCCAUCAGAGAAUUCACACUGGAGAGAAGCCUUUGAAUGUAAUGGGCAUGAGCAAGAGUUCUCUCAGAGCUACUGCUGAACUAAACGUCCGAGAGUCGACGUGAAUGAACCACACACCUGUUUUCCUCUUCCUCUGAGUCCCAGGAGCUCUUGCCUUACUAUGUGAGUGUCAGCAACUUAGGAUGCGCCCCUGCUAGCUCCAGCCUUUCACUUCAGAGAAUGGGGCAGCCUGGGAAAUCAUCCUGGCGUGGUGAUCAGCGACCUGGCCUGUUUCCCCAGGGAUGAUAGCAGCCUUGAAAAAUUAGGAGGCAAGCAGCAGAUUAGGUGCUGGGAACAGAAGGAAGCUCUGGGGCCAGUAACCCCAUGUUAAGGGAGUUUGCACUAAACUGUUUUGUCACACCAGAGGAGCCUUUCUUUCUAAGGUGGGGUUGGAAGCACAAUGGGAGCAAAACUCCAAGGAUUCUACCAGGCGGAGUCAAAGCACAGAGGGCAGUGGAAACGGUGCUCUGGGUCCCCUGUUCCCUAGGAAGGGGAAAUGCAGGCAGUAUGUCGAAACUACUGUUUCUGUUCCUAAACCAGCUUUAAUUAGAAAUGUGCUGUUUGGUUUAGUUAAGUAUGGAGGUCUAGGGCUGAGGGAUUGGCUAUUUUAUUAAAGAUUUUUUUAUGUCUGUAACUGGGAAAGCUCUUGGAGCAGCAAGACCGUGUUUUGAAGAGCAACCUGGGGGCGAUAUUGAAUGUAGAUCCGUCAUCCUUCCUGUUGAUGGAACUGACCAGGGAUUGAUGUGAUCGUUGAGAAACCUGAGAGGGUCAGAAGCAUUUAUGUUGGCCUCUGAUUUCUGUCCUCCUCUCUCCCUCUUCCUGCUCCUGUGAAGAAAAGUGAUUUAAUCCCAACCCUUAGUUACUAAGGAUGCUUUCAGGAAGCUCGCUCAGCCAGCUUGCCCUGCCCUCUGCCACCUCGGGCAUCCCCUGCCCCAGCAGCCCAUGGCUUUUGACUCCACCACCUCCUACUUCAGCAGCUGAGGAUGAAUGCAAACAGAGCAAAGCCCAGAGGAGGAAGGCUGUGGCCUGUGCCUGGCAGCAGGCUCCUUGCUGGGUGAAGGUGGGACUCCCUGAGUUUUCCCAGCCAAGGGAUGACCCUCCUUUGUGUUUUCCCAACCCUGCUCAUCCUGUAGCAUAAAUGAAGUGCACUAUUAAACAGAAUAGUUUUUCAGAAGA